AUGUGUGUUCUCGCUCAGAGUGUGUUCCUGGGGAUCCUCACCUUGAGCCUGGUCAUGGCACUGACUGGUGAGUCCCACCCAGACACCCCCAUGGGGAGGAUCUGGGCCAGGCGCCUCCGUUUUGGGAGGUGGGAGGAUCCCAGGACAUUCCCAGCAUCAAGGGAGGCUCCCAAAGUGGGUGACUCCCUUUUUUCCCUACACUUUGCUCCAGGCACCUGCUCCUCACUCAGUCACACCAUUGCCUUUCCCAAGAGAAUAAUCCCCAGUUUCCCUCUUCCAGCUGCUGGAAUAAACCAAGGAAUCAACCCCAUUUUGCUGCUUUUCAGGGCUGCCCACGUGUCUGACUCAGCUUUCUGUGUUUCAGUUCUCAGUGUGAGACCCCCUUUCCCUGAGCCGGAAUUCUCCCACGUGUGCCCAGACACCUGGCCUGGUUUCCAAGGAAAAUGUUAUUAUUUUUCUGAGGCUGAGGGCAACUGGACCACGGGCCGGACAAGGUGUGAGGCCCUGGGAGCUUCCCUGGCCACCAUAAGCACGAGGGUUGAACUGGUGAGGAUGGGAUGAACUGGUGAGGACUGGGAUGAACUGGUGAGGACUGGGCUUGAGCCUCUGCAGCAGCUCCGGGGUGGGAAACACGGGGAAACCAAGAGGAUAAAUCAGCCCCAAACCCCCCAGGCUGGCCCCAAAGUGCUGCCAGUGCUGGAGCCGGGAGCCAAGCCCUUGGGAAAAGCCCCAGGUCUGGCUGGGGGUGGACACAGGAGGGAAAGAGGAGGUGGGGAAGGCAAGACUGGCCAAAGCCAACGUUUCUUUGCCUUCCAGGCCUUCCUUCUGCACUAUAAAGGUGAAGCAAACCACUGGAUCGGGCUGAGAAUGAGGGAUAACAGCUGGGAAUGGAUCAAUGGCACGGCCUUGAACGGCAGGUUUGAGGUGAGGGGUGUGGGGCCCUGUGGGUACCUCGAUGACGGAUGGAUCAGCUCAUCCCUGUGCCACACGGAGAAGAACUGGAUCUGCAGCCGCCCCGACGACUAUGAACUCUGGAAGGGGAAAUUAAGAGACCCCAAACCAGGACUUUCAACCUAAAUCUCUGGCCAGAUGAGGGAUGUUCACCCCAGCACUGCAACUGAAAUAUUCGGGGUGAAUCUAAAAAAUCAGGUAUAAGGAGCUGGUUAGGGACUUACCAGGAGAAUAGGCAUAGCUCAGACCGGUGCUUCUCUUGGCCCUCCAUUUCGGUGGGAGGUAAAUCAGCCUCUUUUCUCGCUUUUUUUCAGCCUUAUUUCAAGCUUUUUCCGCGUUGACCACGGUUUGAGGGCAGUUUUGGGGUGAGAAAAGAGCCUUUUAGUGUCCGUUCUUACCCUCCUGUUACUUCUGCAUCACUCCCGCUCUUCUCACCCUCGGUGUGUGCUGAUUGGCCGAUUAAACCGCGCCCCCUCACUCCCAUUGGCCACUCCUCCCCACGCUCCACCCCCUCCCUUUCCCCACCCUCAGGGCGGACCUGCUUGGGAACUGCGCCCCCCCGCGGGCAGCGCGGGAAAGGCGGGGUGCGGACCUGGUUGAGGACUGCGAGAGCGGGGUCGGGGGUGUCCGUUUUAAGUAGAAAAAGGCGGAUUUUGGGGCCGGUUUUGCAACGUUUUGCAUUAAUAAAGAGCGGGUGUUUAUAAAACUGAA